CAAAUUUACUCUUUUUAAAAAUUGUCAGUCAUAUUUUGCGGCUGAUGGAAUAUGGCCGUGUUGGGCCCGUGUGUGAGUGUAAAUAUGAAUGGGCACAAUAAUAUUCACAGUCAACUAACAAAAUCAUUAGAAAGAAUUCUCGAAGAUGCUUAUUUGAGUGGUGAAUUAAAGUUGAGUGGACGUAAACUACGAGAUUUUCCCAAACCCGUGAAAUAUGACUUGAGUGAUACAGUUGUUGCUGAUUUAUCGAAGAACAGAUUCAGUGAAGUGCCUGAUGAGGUCACUGCGUACGUGUAUUUGGAGAAACUGUUGCUGUCGCAGAAUGUUAUCAGAAGCGUUCCCGGUACUGUGGGAGGCUUACAGUCUCUUACUUAUUUAGAUCUCACUUCAAAUCAGCUGACAGAGCUGCCCCGAGAAGUAUGUCAGAUGCCAUUACAAGUGCUACUAGUCCCGGAUAACAUGCUCUCUACACUGCCAAAGGAAAUUGGCAAGAUGACGUCACUGGCAGAACUGGACGCUUCAAACAAUAGGCUGACACAAGUGCCAAUGACUCUAGGAGACUGCGCUGGUUUAAGGGCGUUGGACCUUAGUAAUAAUCAGUUAGGACUUUUGCCUUUACAAAUUACGUAUUUAAGACUGGAACACUUGGAUGUGAGUUGUAAUUGUAUAUCAUCGUUGCCAUUAGAGCUUCGGAAUAUGAACUCACUCGUUACCCUGAACUUAGACAACAACCCUUUAGUUUCACCUCCUACCACAGUUUGCAUGCGCGGGCGUGUGCAUAUAUUCAAGUACUUAGAAAACACGGCAAGCAAAGACAACAUACCUCAACAUAAGAGAGUAGAGGAAACAAAAAGGACAGCUAAGCAUACAUCGUAUAUCAACAACUCGCCGAAUCAGUCGACGACGCAUCAGAUCACGUCCGGGAACGCCACGAUUGACUGUCUCAGGCAUAAGCCGAGACACGUCAUCGACAGUGGAUACUGUACAGAUGGUGUUGACAAGAGGUGGUCAAAUGAUGGGGGAGGCGAAGCGGGUGGGGGGUGUGGUUCUGGUCGGUCCACACCCAGCACACCUUCCACUCUAUCUCCGGGCGCUGCUCUAUCCAGGACACAAUCGCUUUCAAGUGAAACACCACUAGCUCCGCUGACACCAAUAUUAACCGGCCUCCGUAUAUCACCCGAAGGGAACAUUUCCAAUGGCGACGAUAAGAGUAAAUUAGUCCACCAACAAACCUACAGACAAUACAAAGAAGCCCUAAGACAACAAAGACAGCAAGACGUCUACCGGCCCCGCACAGACCAACCCUCGCCAGAUUUGGAUUCGUCCCCACAGUCACAGAACCAAAGUCCGAUUCACGCAAACUCCUCCCCCCACUCACCCGUAAAUGGCUACAGUAACGUAUCCCCGAGUUUAUACAGAUCCAUAUCAUCCAACUCCAGUGUCUCUACCUCAUCCCCUAAUACCUCACACGUGCCAAACUCCCCACUCCUACACUCCACCCCCAGAAGGUUCCAGAAUCAAAAUGGGAACAGCGAGAAAGAGGAGAACAAACGGCCAGUACAGAAAGUGGUGCCAUCUAGGAACGUAAACAAAAUGUAUAGCAACGUCAAUGGGAAUAUAGAUUACAAUCGUGUGAACGGUCAGGCUGAGGCGUAUGUGAAGCCGACUUCACCGACGAAGUCGCCGACGAAUAGUUUAGGUUAUAAUAGUAUGGGAAAGUCGAGUAUACCGAGGGUUAAUGGGGAUGGCGCUAAGUUGUUAACGACGAGCGUAUCGUAUUUGAAAGGUGCGCCGCCAAAGCCUACGGGAAAGAUGGCGUGGAACAAGGAGGCUUCUGAUAAGCUGAGCUUCACGAUGAAGAGGGAAUUCGAUAAGCAGAAGGAAGAGGAGGAAUUACUACAACAGCUUAGGGUGAUAAUAGAGAGCCGCCUGAAGAUGUCGCUGCCGGAACAGUUAGCUCCUGUGCUGUCAGAUGGCGUGGUGUUAUGUCACCUCGCUAACCACGUGCGGCCACGCUCUGUGGCAUCGGUGCACGUGCCCUCGCCUGCACAGCCAAAACUCACGAUGGCCAGGUGUAGAAGAAACGUAGACAACUUCUUGGAGGCCUGCCGGAAAAUCGGAGUUGAGGAAAAACUAAUGUGUUGCGCGGCUGACGUACUCGAGGGUAAAGGGACAGUACAAGUGGCUAUAACUGUGACGGAGCUGUUGAGGCGACAUGGCGGUAUACGAAUCCCACCAGUAUCAAGUGCCGCCACACCCACCUAGCGCCCGAAAUUGGCGCUCGCGCCGCUACCAACUCUCUCGCUCUAGCUAUGGUUUGCUACGAUACUUCCUUAAUGCUACAACGUCUACGAGUACUACGACAAUUACAUGUGCUACAAAAAAAUAAUGGAAGCCGAAAUUCGCUUGACUGUUCACACGAUUUUAGUAAUUAUAUGGUAGAGUGAUUACAUAUUUUUACAAUCUUUUUGUAUUGACAGAAAAUUAAGAUAAUCUGUACCAUUAAAAGCUGUAUUAUUAAAAUCGCUGUAGUCGGACUAUGCGAAUUAAUAAUGUAUUAGAACGAAUCCCUGUUUACAAAUUAAAUAGGUAUGUCUUGCUCUCUAUAAUAAAUUGACUAAGAACCCACCAAUGAAGCCAAUGAAAUAACUAACAGCAUUUUCAUGAUGCAAGUUAAAUAUUAAUAACUAAACAAUUCUUAUAAAUAGUAACUCAUGAGGCCAUAAAUGCAUUUGCGUGAAUGACGUUAUGUUGCGCUCUUUUAGUUUGGUUAUUUAGGAUACUAAUUAGUUAGUAUCUUUGAAAGAACAAUGAAGUCUUCGAGUUAAUAUGGAAUAUUUGAAAUGUUAAUUAUAUUACUCAAAUGCAAUUUUGCGAAAAACCUUUAUUAUCAUAAAAAAAAACAUCGUUCGCUUGGAGUAAAAAUCGACAAACAUCUUAAGAAUAUUUUGUUCAGUUUCUGUUUCUUAGUGUGUCGGUUUCUGUUUCUAUUCAACAUGUAAUAUUAUGUACAUAAACAAAUAUUCACUCUGUGAUGUCCUGGUCCUAAGUGCCACAUCUUUUUGGCGAUCCGGCUCGAAGGACUAUAUCUAUAGCCUAAUUGUCUAAUUUCAAAAUCUAUCGCAAUCCGUUUUAACAUAUAGCGAUUUAAGUAAUUAUGAACGUUUAAAGUCGUAAUCGUUGUCGGAACAUAUGUUGCUUUGAAUGAUCAAAAGACAACAAAACUCAGUAC